CAAUAUGCCAAAGGAAAGAAAAAUCGUGAUUGUUGGAGCAGGUGCAGCUGGCAUUGCUGCUGCCUCGAGACUGUUGCAGAGAGGAGUAAACGAUUUUGUAAUAUUGGAGGCCAACGAUAGGAUCGGUGGCAGAAUACAUACCAAAGACUUUGGUGAAAAUAUAGUGGAUCUCGGAGCUCAGUGGGUUCAUGGAGAAUCUGGAAAUGUAGUGUUUGAGCUUGCCUCCAAACAUGAUUUACUAGGUUCAUUCGCAGAUCUGUUUGAUUCUAACAAACAUGAAUUUAUUACUAUUAACGGUGAAAUAAUACCCACUGAGGAAAGCAGUAAAGCUCUGAUGAUUUAUUAUGAUAAUUUAGACAAAGUAAAACAGGAAAAAUUGAAAGAGGAAAGAGGAUCAUUUGGAGAUUUCUUUAUAAGAGAAUAUUAUAAAACUUUUGAUACAAAGCCUUUCACGAAUCGUGCCCGAGUUGCUGAAUAUUUAUCUUGGAUAGAAAAAAUGGAAAAUUCUAUACAAUGUAGUGACACAUGGUUUGAUAUUUCUGUGAAAAGUUUGACAGAAUAUCGGGAAUGCGAGGGCGAUCUUGUGUUGAAUUGGAAAAACUAUGGUUAUAAAACAAUUUUUGAUCUGUUAAUGCAAAAAAUUCCAAACCCAGAGAAACGUUUACCAGUAAUGGAAAAAAUAGAGUUCGGAAAAGUUGUGGCAACUAUCAAUUAUAGUUCAGACGAGAAUGUAAUGGUUAUUACCAGAGACGGAUGCGAGUAUUCCGCAUCACAUGUUAUAUUCACUGGGUCUCUAGGUGUUCUGAAGGAAAAACAUUCCUCGAUGUUUGUUCCAUCUUUGUCACAGAAGAAACAACGCGUGAUAGAGAGCUUAGAUAUUGGAACAGCGAACAAGAUUUUUCUCGAAUUUCCGCACAGAUGGUGGCCGGAGGACAAAGUCAGUUUUAAUUUAAUCUGGCCGGAAAAAGAUAAAAAGGAAUUCGUACAAAUUCAUGGACAAUAUAGUGAGUGGUUGUGCGAUGUGUUUUCGUUUUUUAUCGUGGCUCAUCAACCGAAUCUCCUAUGUGCUUGGAUAACUGGAAAAAAUGCAAGGCACAUGGAAACCUUAUCGGAUACUGACGUAUUCGAUGGAUUAUAUUUAUUGUUAAAAAAUUCGUUUGGUAAACAUUACAAUGUUGUCAAGCCAAUAAGAAUAUUAAGAUCUAAAUGGUAUACUAAUGAACAUUUUCGGGGCUCAUAUAGUUUUCAAAGCAUGGUUUCCGAGCGAAUGGGUGUAAAACCAAGAGAUCUGGCUGAUCCAAUUAUGAUUGGAAAUAAACCAGUAAUCCUUUUUGCUGGAGAAGCUACGCAUGAUCAUUAUUAUUCGACUGUACACGGUGCCAUAGAAACUGGUUUCCGCGAAGUGGAAAGACUGAUCGAUUUUAAAAGAACGUACGAUCGAUUAGAUCAGCUGAUUGACAACUUCGAUGAAGCAUUACGGAUAGAGAUUGAUACAAAUGCGAGAAGAAAAGAAAAGACGAGAGUUGUGAUAGUAGGCGCGGGAAUUGCUGGAUUAGCAGCGGCGAAGACUCUGGAGGAUGUGGGAUUUAUGGAUUAUCUUCUUCUCGAGGCUCAAGACAAAGUUGGAGGAAGAAUUCAUUCCAUUUCAUGGGAUAACGGCUGGGUAGAUUGCGGAGCACAAUUUUUACAUGGUACGGAUGGUGACGGAAUUUUUUUACGCGACGACGGAACGAUAAUGAGCGACAACUUGGUUCAUGAAGUCGACGAUCUCGUACGAACCGUCUUGGAUGAUAUCUGCGAAUCUCAAAAGUCUUUAAAAAAGCAGGAGAAUAUCGGUUCUAUUAUGAGAAGUAGAUUUGAAGAUUAUUUACACGAGAGAAAUGAUCCUCCGGAGGAGAGGAAGAUGAAGGAAGAAAUUUUCGAUUGGAAUGUACGGUUUCUCCUAGUGGAUAAUUCCUGCCACUCGUUAGACGAUUUGUCAGCAGUUCUUUGGGGAAAAUUCAAGUACGUUGGCGGACCAGAACAUUUACUUUUCAAAUCCGGCUAUAGCUCUUUAACGAAUCUUAUCGUUGACAAUCUGGAUAAGCAAAAGGUACGUUUAUCCACUCCUGUGGAGGCCAUUCACUGGCGGAAUUCUAUUGACUCUUCAAAUAAUUCUCCAAUCAUCGUGAAAACUUUCGAUGGCACUGAAAUUCUCGCUGAUGCGGUUAUAAUUACUUGUUCGCUUGGUUAUUUGAAGAGUAACCAUCAGAAGAUGUUCCAACCACUAUUACCAAAUCGUCUGAGCGUUGCUAUUGAGCAUCUUGGUUUCGGAACGAUUAAUAAGAUUUUCUUAGACUUUGGCGAACCCUGGUGGCAAAGAGGUGUGAAUGGCUUCCAAUUGCUUUGGCGUAGAGACGCCGAUCACUCAUCUUUGCCGGAAUGGACCAAGUAUGUCACAGGAUUCGAUGUUUUGCCAAUUCAUCCGGCCACUCUUAUAGCGUGGGUCGGCGGGCGAGGGGCGUGUAUUAUUGAGGAAUUGUCGGAGGAAACUAUUGCGCAAGAUUGUAUAAAUCUUUUAAUGCGAUAUGUUCGGUUUUGCGAUAUACCGCCAAUAAAAAAAUGCGUCCGAACUAAGUGGAACGAUAAUACAUACGUGAGAGGCGGUUACAGUCACAUUACGAAGAAUUGUGAGGAGGAUAAUGUUUCACCAAAGAUAUUAAUUGAACCAAUCUGGGCGACAAUGCAAAUUGAUAUGAAAAGGAAAAAGACUCUUCCAAUCAUACUGUUCGCUGGCGAAGCUACACAUGACGAGUUUUACUCGACGACGCACGGAGCUUACGAGACAGGAGUCCAUCAAGCUGAAGUAUUUUUACAACAUCACAUGAGUAUUAAGUAA